CGUCGGUCUGCGCGCGAAGGCGCAAAGCACACACACACACACACACUCAUUCAUUAUUGCAGUCACAUCGCUGUUUCUCUCAGUGUUUUCCUUCUGAGUAUUUUUUCUCCCUCUCAGUGCUGUGUGUGCGGACACACAGGAGCAUUUCCACAGCACACCGCGAUACCUGCACUGCUCAACUCACCAGGCGAAGUUUCCAGGCGUAGACGGUUUUUUUUCCCCCCCGCUUUGGUGUUGUAGUUUUCACUGUUGCAUCGCUUUCCUUCGUCGAUUUGUUCAACGCAUCCCAAAGCGAAGCAGCAGAGACUGAGGUGAUCUCUCAGCAGUGGACCGAGCCUUCACCAGCCUCCCUGCUCUCCGCUGCGCAUCGCGAUGAUUUCAAGAUGAUGUAAAGGACCACAGCAUCAUUCCUGUUAACCUGUUCGUCCUCCUCAUUUUCCUGCUCAACAGUCGAAGAUUUCACAUAAUCAUCUUUAAAUAAAAUGGCUGCCCUUGUGAAAAAGUGCUUGUACAUGAGCUUGGCAUUUACUCUACUUCCUCUGAUCCUAAGCAUGCACCCAGACUGUGUUAUGCAACUCGAAAAAGAAAAAUGUAUGGAGCGGAUGGCCUUGGAUGACCCUGUUAGUGACCCUGAAAAUGUGUGUAGCUGGAUGUGGGACAAUCUGACAUGCUGGCAGCCAGCAAGAUUAGGUGAAGUUGUGUGGAUGCCCUGCCCUGAACUCUUUGAGGUCAUGAAUGAAGAAUAUGAUGAGUUUGAAAAGGUGAGCCGUAACUGUACUGAGUAUGGCUGGUCAGAUAUGUUCCCUCAUUAUUUUGAUGUCUGCUUUGAUGACAACAGAACUAGUAUUCUGGACAAGUACUAUGUGUCUGUAAAAGCUCUGUACACAGUGGGCUACAGUACGUCUCUGGUGUCUCUCACCACUGCCAUGGUGAUCCUCUGCUGGUUCAGGAAGCUUCACUGUACCAGGAACUUCAUCCACAUGAAUCUCUUUGUGUCUUUUAUUCUGAGAGCCAUUUCAGUUUUCAUUAAAGAUGGAGUUCUGUAUGCUGAGGAAGACAGCAGCCACUGUUUUACACAUACUGUUGAAUGUAAGGCAGUAAUGGUGUUUUUUCACUACUGCGUUUUGUCAAACUACUUUUGGCUGUUCAUUGAGGGACUGUACCUCUUUACCCUGCUGGUGGAGACCUUCUUUCCAGAGAGAAGAUACUUCUACUGGUACACCAUCAUCGGCUGGGGGACCCCAACAGUGUGUGUGACAGUCUGGGCGAUGCUUCGGGUUCAUUUUGAUAACACUGGAUGUUGGGACAUAAAUAACAAUUCUGCCAUCUGGUGGGUGAUAAAGGGACCUGUGCUGGCUUCCAUUAUGAUCAACUUUAUCCUCUUUAUUGGGAUCAUUAUUAUCCUUGUUCAGAAGUUGCAGUCUCCUGAUAUAGGAGGCAAUGAAUCCAGCAUUUACUUACGCCUUGCUCGGUCCACUCUCCUGCUCAUCCCUCUCUUUGGUAUCCACUACACUGUGUUUGCUUUCACUCCUGAGGAUGUCAGUAAGAGAGAACGGCUUGUGUUUGAGCUGGGUCUUGGCUCUUUCCAGGGCUUCGUGGUUGCUGUCCUUUACUGCUUCCUAAACGGAGAGGUGCAGUCAGAGGUGAAGAGGAAGUGGCGGAGCUGGACAGUGAACCGUUACUUUGCUGUUGACAUGAAGCACAGACACCCAUCCUUGGCUAGCAGUGGCGUAAAUGGAGGCACGCAGCUCUCCAUCCUCAGCAAAAGCAGCUCACAGAUCCGCAUGUCCAGCCUGCAGGCCGAAACCCCAGCCACAUGAGCUGCGGUCUCUCAGAUCCACUGAACCCCUCACACCUAGGGCAGUAGUAGUCCAGUUUCUCCUCAGAGACUUGUAUGAGCUGACAUUGUGUGGGGACAAACUGACACUGCAGGCCAUUCACCAGAGCAAUCUGUACCUGAACAUAAGAGAAUUCAAUACCUUCAACAUGGUCACAUGGUCAAGGAGACAAAUAUUUGUCUCGACGUUUAUAUUAAUGAUAGAGUUUCUAUGGCUAUGAGAUCUCAAAGGCAUUGUUGUGCCAAAAAAUAAAAAAAAACUAUUCAUUGUGAUGAUUAUUAACACAAACCACUAAAUAGUGAUGACCUGCUGUAUUGACCUGAACCAUAUUGAUGAUCAGGAAAAUGUUAACUGACCAGAUAGGGAUGGCUUUAUCUAAGAAACUAUAAAAAAAAAAAUCUCGGAUGAUACAAAGGGAAACAAACAGGCAUGUGCUUCUGUAGACCCUUAUGACACAUUUUAAUCUUCAGGAAAAGGAUUUAUUUCAUCACGUUAAAACUGACUCUAAUGGAAUUAAUGUAGUAGAAAUAUAAGAAGUAAAAGUGCUACUAAUCUGCCAAAAGUAUUUUAUUUAGAAUGUCUUAUUGGUAUUAGUAUUUUACUGAACAUCUUUUUCCACAUGCUGGUAAAUAGCAUCUUGGACUUCAGUCAGUUCAAACGGUGAAUGUUUAUAGUUUUUGAUUUGGGACCAUUUUUGUGAAACUGAAACAUUGUGUAAAAACUCUGACCUCUUAUUAGUUUAGAAAACAAAAUGAAUACCUGCAAACUAAAACUAAUACCAUACUUUAAAUAGUAGAGUUGUGAUUUUUUGAGUGGAUGCCUCUGAUAUUUUUUUAAAAGAAUUUUCUAAGCAGCAGUUAGUACUGGAAAUGUCAUUGAAGUAAACAAGCAAAGCACCUCAUGAUUUUAUAAAACUUGUUUGGUUUUUUCCUGUUUACACUUAUUUUUCUGUAAAUGCUUAAUUUGGAAAAAAAAAAAAUCAUUAUGUUGUAAAUAUAUAGUCUUCAGCGUCAUUUUGACUAUUUUGGA